UUAUUGACUGGCGUCGUCGGUGGAAGUUGUCAGCUGGUUGUGCUUUAAAGCAGGUGUUUUCGCAAGAGAUGGCAACUGUGCCGGCAAAUACUAUUGCGGAUUCCAAUGGGAAGCAAGUAGUACUUUUAAAGUUACGGAAGUUGAAGCCUGCACCAAAACCUAGCUCGGGAUUUGGCUCUAGUCAAAAACGUCCACUAACUUGUGGUAUUUGUUGUGAUAAAUUUUUUGACCAUUCAAGUCUCAAGGACCACUUCAAAAAGCAUCGCGAAGUCCGGCGGAAUGAUAGCGGCAGUGAAGUUGCGAGCACACCUACAGCAAAGGGCGUGAAAUGUGAAAUAUGUGGUUUGAUUUCGGCAAAUCUAUCAAAAGCGAUGGAACACAAACACAUCAAACAUCGUUUCGAAGGGAAGAAUCACUCUUGUGAGUUUUGCGGCCGAUUGUUUGCUUUCCACUUUUCCUUAAUGCAACAUAAGGAGACGAAUCACAAAGCCGAAAUGCAGGCAGCGAAUAACCCAAAGGGCGCAACUUUGCAUUGUCGGCCGAGCAAAGUGAACGAGUUGAGAUCCACGGGAAAACAGAUUAUGGAAUCAAUAAAGGCUGAUGAUAAAGUGCAAGGCACUGAGUUCAUCUGUAAAUUCUGUUCAAUUCCUUUCCUCACAGCUAGUGCUCUAGAUGUGCACGAAAGGGGAGUACAUAUAUUUGAGCGGCAAAUGCUACAGAAGACAUUCCUACCUCCUCCUUCAACGAAAAUCAAAGUGAAUCAUAACAGCGAUGUGUUUUCCGUUUACUAUUGCCACCUGUGUGGAGUUGAGUACGUUCUGAAAUUCAAUUUACAAAAGCAUAUACAAACACAACAUCCAGCUGCGGAGAAUACUGACCCUCCUGCAGAAGGACUGAUUCGGUGUACUUUAUGCCAAGGAAUCUUUUUUACGAAGAAAGCCUACGAGACUCAUACGGUGUAUCAUCGCCCCGAUGAUUUAUAUGUAAUAAAUGAAGAGCAUAGGAAGCAAAUAGUAAAUCGAGUUAACCAGGACUUUGAUUAUCGUCGCGUACCAACAUAUUCUGCUGCCAGUACUGUCCAGAAGCGAUCUCGACGGCGUAGUGGGUGGGUUCCACCAAGAAAAGUAUGGACAAGGAAUCAGAUGAAGAACCCAUGUCACCACCUUCGUCAGCAUCUGAUUCAAAUGAUGAAGAAGACACCAGCAAAUUUACUAUAGAAAGUACAACUCAAUAAAACGGAUAAAUUUAUAAGAUUAGUAUGUAAGGUAUGAUUAAUUUAUGAUUACAAUGAUAUCUGCGUAGUUAGUAUUAGCUAAAUCAGGGCCGUACGCAAAAAUCUUCCAAGGGGGUUCGAGCCAAUUUUAUACAUGUGUUCAUUGAAUUUAUUAUAAUAUUUAUUAUUUUAUGGAAAUCGCCAUAUCUUAUUAUUUAUAUAUUUAAUUGUCAUUUAAGGGACUCCCUUCGUAUCUAAGUUUCACAAAUGAAGUAUUGUUUAAAUGUAUGUGUAGAAUUCUUGUUAAUAAAGUGUAUUUACUAAA